UACCUCUGCUUUGUUUGCAUGGUUCCUGUAUAUACCUAAUACCCAAUCUUUAUUAGAUAAGGCAAUUGUAUAAAAGCAAGUCGAUUAACUUUCGGAAUUCAUAGCGGCAAACAUGUUCAAGUUCGUCGUAUUGUGCGCAUUCCUCAUUGCGGGAAGCAAUGCUUUCCCCAGCCGAAUUGUCAAUGGCACCGAUGCCAAAGUGGGUGAAAUUCCUUACAUUGUAAGCGUGCAAAUAUUUGGCAGCCAUAACUGUGGAGGUUCCAUUUUGGAUGCUACUCACGUUUUGACCGCCGCUCAUUGCAUUGACGGAUACGAAUCCUACGAAAUGUACAUUCAAUAUGGUAUCAUUGAUAUCCAGUCUAAUGAAAACAAAAUCAAGGUCAGCAAGAAGGUGUAUCAUGAAGGUUAUUCUCCUGGUGGUGGAUACUUCAAUGACGUUGGCAUCUUGACACUUGAGGAACCAAUCCAGUUCAGCAAUGUUGCUCAACCCACAAUUUUGCCUGAGCAAGAUGAAGAAAUCCCUGAAGAAUCUCCUUCAGUCUUGGCUGGUUGGGGUUAUGAAAUGAGCGGUGGUUCAGUUCAAAGAUUUUUGAAACGUGUGGACUUGAAAAUCUACAGCAACGAUGAAUGCGAAGAAAGACACUCUAACCAAACUAACCGCAAAUACCACGUGUGCUCUGGUGUCGAUGAGGGUGGCAAGGGACAGUGCAGCGGAGACUCUGGUGGCCCACUUUAUUCUGAAGGCAAACAAGUCGGUGUUGUCUCCUGGUCUGUCAAGCCCUGCACCCUCAAGGGUUAUCCCGGUGUUUUCGCCAGGGUUUCUUCCUAUGUAGACUGGAUUAAAAACCAGAUGCAGAGCUAAACUAUUUCACGUAGUAAAUUAGUUAAGUAUACUUUAUUUUCAGUUAUUUAUUUGUUUAAAUUUCACAGUAAGAUGCUGUACUUUCAAUAAAUAAUUAUAACUGAACUAAAAAAA